CUGCGUCCAGUGGCCACCAGAUAGCGGUAGUUAGUUACUAUCCAAGCAGCUCGGGGAUUGGUUACCACAGGGAGCUUCUUGUGCGCUGCUCACACACAGACACCUGCCAGAGCUGCUGGGCACCGGUGGAACAUCUUGCUCUCUCUGCCUCUGCAGGUUGGUGACUGACUGGCGAUGACUCAGUGAAAUACGGCAACAAACUGAGACUGCAAGACCCUCCCCUGUAGUUUUCUUUGCUGUUUACCAGCCGCAGCAACUGGAAGAGGGAAAAGAAGAGAAGAGCUGCUUGUGCUGCUGGACCAAUGGAGAAGAAGCGAGGAUCUUCUCAUCAGUACGGUUCACUGGAGCACACUGAAUGGAGCAGAGACACCAACAAACCAGAGGACGACGUGGUGUCCAUGGCGGACUCUACCAUCACUGUGGAUGACAUUGAGGGGGAGCUCUUUAAGAUUGAGAGGAUCAGAGAUGUCCUGGUCAGGAGGGAGUCAGAGCUCAGAUACAUGAUGGAUGACAUUCAGCUGUGCAAGGAGAUCACUCGUCUGAAGAAGGAGCUGCACAAAUUAGUGUCCAUACCAGAUGUCUUCUGCCUUUGUGCUGCAGAUAAUGACAAGUCCAACGAGGACCGGCAGAAGGAAGAGGAACUUCUGCAGCAGAUCCACAAGCUGGUUGAGACAAGAGACUUCCUGGUAGACGAUGUGGAGUUUGAACGACUCAGGGAGAAAGAAGAGGAUAAAGAAAUGGCAGAUUUCCUCAAGUCGAAAUUCCCAAGAAAUAUGAAGAAGACAGGUGUACCAACCAAACGGGUGCCAUCCAGGGCUCAACAGACCUCUUCUCCCUUCACCAAGACAGGCCUCACCCUGCUGAAAGAGUGCUGUGGCUUCACAUGCUCCAUCAUGUAGACUGGAGCCAACAUGGAGAGCCCGACUGUCGGGCUCGUUCAGGGGUCGCAAACCAAAAACGGCCCUUCCACAGGAGUCAGUAUUUCCAGUUUCAACUUUUCAAUCUGAGAAAGACUUUGAAACAUGGACGAAGCAGUACAGGCGAGGAUUUCCCAGAGGAGGGACAUAGGAUGUUGCAAAAUUGAUAUGGUGUGUUUUUAAUCCCGAGACCUAAGUUUGUCCUCUGUUGGAUCUGUUUGUCUCUUUCUCUCUUUCACUGGAUUUCAUGUCUGAUUUUAUUUCGUCUGUCUCUGCUCUCCACAUCUCUCAUCCAAUUUCUGUUUUUAUUUUUGCUCUUGUUAAUUAUCACUGCUCAGCCAACAUCUUCUGAUGAACAGUUUCCAAGAGGAGCAUCCUUAACACAUUGUAUUUAUUUCUCAUUUUCUCUCUUCAACAUGGUUUGAAAGAAGCACAAGUCAGGCAUGUAUAAUGUAUAUACUAAUUGGUUUCAACUAGCAUGACACACCUAUUAGUUUUAUAUUUAAAGACUUCACUGAGCUCUGAUAACUGUCAGUGCUCAUUAAAAAAGUAGCUGUUCUGCAGGAGUCAGCAGGCCAGUCUAGACACACUGCUGGAACUUUAUAAUUAGCCUUACUGAGAUAACACUAAUGAAACUGACAUUAAUCUGGAGUUAUGUUAGGAUGAAGUUGCCUGUGAUCUGACUCCAACCGAAUGGGUAUGACCUUUUGAAAUGUGGUGGUUUGUGAAGAAAGAACGGAUGUCUCAUACUGCUCCAUUUCCCUUUAAGAAUAGUUAACUAAUAUUUAUUAAUGUCUGCCUUUUUAUGUGUUCCAGUAUUUUUCCAUCAGCCACAAGCUUUAGGCUGUAGUGUUUUUUUUUUUUUUUUUUUGCAAAAUCAUCACACAAUACAAUUUUUGAGAGGGUUUCUUUCUUUGCCAACCCUCACUACUACUUUUUCUCCAUUCCUGCUUCAGUAUUUCAUUAGAUAUUUCUGAUGAGUAUUCAACACUGAGGGAACUAACAAAUUGACAGCAGAAGGGAUGAUAGUGAUUGUAGUGUUGUGUGGGGACACAUACAGUAUUAAAACAUGCACACGUAUCUAUAUGGUACUAAAUGCACAUGAGCAAACCACUGAAUCUGCAGAUAUAGACAACUUCCACAUGAAUUAGUCAGUCUUAACUCAUUGCUCUCAGUUUGGCAUCAUCCAUAUGCAUGUUUCCACAAGCUAUGUGGCUUGGCACUCAACUGAUACUGCAGACAACUAGACCUCAUAUAUACAGGAUAUAUAUAUGUAUGUAUAUAUAUAUAUAUAUAUACAUAUAUCACUCCAGUGAUGAAGACAGGCAUCAUACAAUCACAAAGGCACACUUGACGGUCUUUUGAGAGGGUACUUUGUGUUGGCCAGGGGCAAAGCUGUAGUGCCCACUUAUAUAUUUGUUACCACCCCAAUUCAAGCCAGUGGCUCAUACAUCCAAGACGUCGGGCAUGGGGAUGUAGUGGCCAAUCAAACUAGCAGAGCAGAUCUUGGUGUUGCCAAGAAGAAUAGUCGCCAUAGCAACCAUGUAUAUCCCAUAUCUUUACAAUUAGACAACAAGGAAGGUUGGAUGGAUUGGAGUUGGAUGAGACUUGAUAGGUGUGACAAAAAGAAAUACUUUACUACUAUUAUUGUUGCCUAAUGAAAGAAAAAAAAACAGGAAGCAGAAUAAUUGAUCUCCAUAAUUGAUCCUCUGAAUCCCUUUCACCCCCUUUUAGGGAAACUAAGAACACAACAUCAUCAUAGCUGCUAGAUGAGAAAUUUCUCAAUGGAUCACUCAGUUUGUGUCCCAGGCCUUGUUGUGUUUUUUUUUUUAUGGUUUGUUCCCAACUACUCCUUGUGAUGGAUGUAUACAUGGAUACAGCUGUCUCUUUUGAUCAAUCAUUGGAUCUUUUGAUAUUCAGUCUCAACGCUGUCACAGAGGCUCUGGGUCGCACAUCACCCAGCAACCGUAUCUGGUGCCGUCAUGGAGGUUCACAGGGGAAUGUGUGACAGUAAUGUUGAAAUACUGGAUAACAGCCAUGGCAGAAAAACAACAGAUGCUGCACCAGGAGAAGAUUCUUUCUCUUAUAUGGUUGUGUGUUAGUUAUAUGUGAGAAGAGUUUAAUACUUUCAUGAAGAUGAUGACAGUGGAAACCAUUUUGCCCAAACAAAACUAGCCUGUAUUUGUAAUAUGUCUUGUAAAAGACAGUAACGGUUAGUUGACCAGGUGCAAACUUAAAAAUACAUAAAUUUCAUCAUCUCAGGCAUGAAUACAGAAAUGAAUGAUUAUGCAUUCAUGUCUGUUCCUACGGUUGAGCCGCAGACUGAAUAAAUAUAGCUCUUUGCCCUAAAGAGGAUCAUCAUCUGAUCAGUAAUUAUUUUUUGUGAAGAGGCUUUGCGUGUGGGACAUAUUUCUGCUCUUCAGUUUUCACAUUUAGACAUGAAACCAGCUGUUCAAAGCAGCUGAGGGGAGUGUUACACCCCCUGACAGUGCUGUGUGCGAGUCAAGCAAGGAUUCAAGAAAUCUUCUGUGGAAAAUGCUUAGAAACAUGGAACAGACCACGUAGCCUCUGAAGGAGAGACACGGUGUCGCAGUAGGAGAGGGUCAGGGAGAGAAAAUGAAAGAAGAAGAGAGGCUGAAGUGGCCGAAAGCAGGGUAGAUGAAGAGAAAGCGAGUGGGAGGGCACAGAGUUGGGAGGGGGGGGUCUAAUCUUCAGUGUGAGUCAUCCUUAGCGGAAACACUGUGAGUUUCCACAAGGGCAGCUCUCAGUGAACGCAACGUGAAAAGGGCAGGACUGUCAUUCAAACACCAUAAUCCUGCACAGCUCUGUGUGCAUACGGAGAGAAAGUACAAAUGUGUCCGCGUGUGUGUGUGUGUGUGUGUGUGUGUGUGUGUGUGUGUGUGUGUGUGUGUGUGUGUGUGUGUGUGUGUGUGUGUGUGUGUGUGUGUGUGUGUGUGUGUGUGUGUGUGUGUGUGUGUGUGCAAAAAAUAAAUGAGAAAGAAAACGUGUUAGUGUGUGCAGUAUGUGUACCUGUGCUUAAUUGUGUGCCGGGAGUGUAAGACAAGGGCGAUAACGAGAGGUACAGUAGCUGUCACUGCUUUGUUACUAUGGUUACUAUGACUUGAUGGUAUACUCGUGCUUCUUGUUUCAUUUGGUUGUGCCAUGUAAUAAACUCUGCUCCAAUCUAACGCAAGGCUGCAUGUUGCUGUAGAACUGCUAGGGGACGACUAUAAGAACCCGUUUUUAUAAUGAUCAGGGUUCUUAAAUCUGUAAUGAAAUAAAUUCAAUCUUCAAUUGUGUCUCAUUCUCAUUCUCACACAUGGACUGACCAGUCAAAUAAAUAUGUUUCUGUAAGUGC